AAUGCAAUUGUAUAAUGUGUUUCUUUUGCACUAUGUCUUAAUGCGUUUAAUGUUUGUGUAAAGCACUUUGAAUUGCCUUGUUGUUAAAAUGUGCUAUAUAAAUAAACUUGCCUUCUGUGAUAUUGCGCCACCCUGACCAAUCAAACCGUGAGGUGUCACUCAUUUUACAAACCAAUGGCAACGCUCCAUUCAGUUGGACUUCCGGGUUCGGUUUGUUGUGUUUUCUGCAUUUAUCAUGGCUGCUGAGGGCGAUUUUCUGGCGAGAUACCGUGCUGUGUCAAAUAAACUGAAAAAACGUUUUCUCCGGAAACCCAAUGUAGCGGAGGCGAGUGAGCAGUUCGGUCAGUUAGCCAAGGAGCUGAAGCAGCAGGACUGUCUUCAGUAUGCUGCCUUCUGUAACCUGGCCAUGGCUCGGUGUGAGCAGACUCUUUUUAAUGCUCCUGGAGAGGCUCUGGCGUUAACUGAUGCUGCCCGCCUCUUUCUCUCAUCUGAGAAGGAGAACAGGGCGCUGCAGGCCCCGGGCUUUGACGAGCACCUUCAGGCUGCACUCAACUGCUACAGUUUUGCCAUCAAGGUGCACAUUGAGAUGAACCAGCCUGUGAUGGCAGCCAGCCUCUGUCUAGAACUUGGCAACGCGCUCAAGGAGAUGAACAGACCAGGAGAGGCUAUUGUUCAUUACCAGAGGGCUGCAGAGUUGCAGACACAGACGCCAAUUGAAGCUCUGCUGUCAAUGGGAGAAAUGGCAACGUGUAAAAUUCUCACCCGUGACUACGACGGUGCUUUGUCAGUGUUCACAGAGAUGGAGCUGACGUGCCAGGAGAGAGGACUGCAGCUACCAGGCAUCAGCACCCCUGUCGGUGCAUUCUUGGACAUUGUUGCAAAGUGUGAGAUCUCCAGAGUAUUACUGCUGAUGCUGCUUGAGCCUCCACCGCAGAAGUUGUUACCAGAACAUGGCCAGACCCUGGAGAGAUACGCAUGGGAGUCUUUUGACCCUCACAGCCAAGUGACCUUCCUGCCAGAGAAUGUUUUCCUGCUCCUGCAGUCCGUCGUGAUGGCGUGUCAGGAGAAAGACACCGAGUCCCUCAAGUCUCUUCAGACUGAGCUAUGGCCAUUUCUGACUGCUGAGCAGAAUCAUCUUCUCCACCUGGUGGUUCAGGAGCGCAUCACGCCGUCUGGCCAAGGCAUUUAGCUCAGUCAAGGUUUUACUCACUUCCUCUGGGAACGAUACUUUAUAUUAUGGAACAUUCCUGUUUCUGACUGGGUCUGUUGUAAGGCCUGAAGAAGUGUUUUCAAAACCUCAAUGUUGUAACUUGCACUCACAGAAAUGGUCGCAAUACAAAACUUUGACCUUAUUAAGCAAAGUCACAGAUAAAAAUAAAUGUAAAAAACCCCAGGAACAUCCAAUUGCAUUUUCUAGUACUGUGUUGUCAGGAUGCUAACUUGAGAGUACAUUUUAAUUCAUUUUAAUAUAAUCUUGUGUGCUCUGAAGGCUACAGAACUGGACCAAUUAAUACAUAUUUAUUAUUUAACAGUGACUUUUGUUGCAUUUACAGCAGUUUAAUAGAUGAAACGUGAAGGCUUUGUGUUAUAAUUUGUUUUUUAUUAAUAAAUGAUAUGGCUUAAAUUCCAAUGUAAUUACAAAAACAAAAAUCUAUUGCAUAGUUUUGAAUUAUGGUGAAAUGAAACACCAUUGUCCCUCCAUCCCUGGUUCACUUUAUGUUCACCUGUACACAUUGCAUGUUGUUUUCUUAUGAUAGCAGCCAACUACAGACACAAACAAAAAACACUCAAUACAAAAUUUUACAAAAAUAUAAU